AUGGCCGGUGUCAUAGCACAGCCCGCGACUUUAUCGGUGGUCGAGCGUGUACCCUUGGAAGUAUGGGCGCGUAUCUUUGCGUACUUGGCGCCGGAGGAGAUCCGUGUAGCGCGACAGACCAUGCGGACUAUGUACAUGGCUGGCCAUGCGUUGUCGUUGUGGCGCACGCAGGGCCAGCGUCAGGCACGUGAAGAUCCACUGGCAUGGAUGCCAGAUGCUCCUUGUACCGUCUACGAUACAGCGCCUCUCUCUGCAGAGGCCCUGGAAAAAAGUGUCGUCGUCGCCCAGCGUGUUCACAGGGCCUGGCAGACGCGGGGCGCCACGCCCCGACGUGUGAUUCGGUUUCGGGCCCAUGUGAACCGUAUCACUAGUGUUAAGCUGGUCGUGGGGCAUGUACAUAUGGUACGUCGGACCCACACGAUGCAUGCCGACUACUGGCUCGUCACUGGCUCGGUCGAUGGCUUUGUGCGUGUAUGGGAUGUGACGCGGAUCUUGCAAGAGCGAGGCUCUAUGGACGUCACGGCCGCGCUAGAGGCCGUGCAACAGGCAGAUUCGUCGACCGAGGACCUGCCCAAAGCGACCAACCCCUCGGCGGAUAUUCGCAAGUCGACACGUGCUUUCCUGGUAGCCGAAAUCGAUACCGGCGGCGAUGUGACCCACUUGGAUGCGCAGAUGGAUGCGAGCACGAAUAGCAUGAUGAUCGCGGUGGGCUCGUACUAUAGUUCGGCCGGCUGUCUUUUGUACGCGUUGGACUUGACGGCCAUGCCGCGGAUGCUGGACCUACGAGCGUCCCUCGAUCCACCGGAAUGGAGUGGGACACAGUGUGUCUCGUUGCUCGACCACGCUGUGGCGAUAGGGACCUACACGGGCCGUGUAUACCUCUUGCAUUGGGAUACAGGGGAGCGACAUGUCCUUGAGCACGCCGAGCGCGGCUCGGUAGCGGCCCUGAAAUUGCUAGGCACGCAUCUCCUGGCCGUCUCGCGCUUGGGCCAUGUAUCGGUGUUCAAGCGAACACCCGACGGCUGUGCGACGCUGGUGGCCGAAUACGACAUUACUCAGCGUCCGUUGCUCAGCGCCGCGUUUGGCGAAGUGGAUGCGCAGCGGGCAGGCACGAUGAUGCAUCCUGCACGUCCAGCGUCCUUGACACUAAUGUGUGUGGAUCCGAUCGGCCUUACCCACUUGGAAUGGCCUACAGGCACUUGGACGUCGCCACCAGAGUGCCUUGGCGACAUUGAUAUGCAUGGGGAGCGACUCAUUGGGGCCUCUGUAGGCGCCUCAGGUACGCGUGCCAUCCUUGCAUCGAGUCUCGGUGGUGUGCCGCCGAUGUGUGCCGUGCGAUCGUACCGACGUGGCGGUCCGCCUCUAUGUGCGCUGCGGCCGACGCCUGACAUUGCGCUUCCACCGCUUGCGCCUACGUCUACCUCUAUACCAUGGCAGCGGCCUACCAGCCCAUCCCUCAGCCCCAGUCCCAGCAGCACGGCGCUCGAUGCACAGGCUGCGGCACCGCCACCACGCACGGGCCGCGUUCGUGUCGACUCGUUCUCGUCCGAUUCGACCUCGACGACAAGUUCCACGGCGCCAGCCCUCUCCAGCCGUAUUGAUAUGCUGACAGAGUCGGCGAUCGACGAGGCACGAGGGCUUGUAUGCCUCGCCAGUGUUCGUGGAGCCAUUUGGAUCGCAGACUAUGGGGGGAAUAACGAUUUCGUCUUACGCCUCGAUCUUGUGCAGGUUCCUGUGCGGCUUCGGGUCGACCUCCGAGACACGGCUCAGGAGCUUCUUCACAAGUUCAUCGCGCUUGGCCGUGAACGCCUUCUCGAUAUCCGCGAGGCGCUCCUUCGUCUCGCGAUCGAUCUUGUCUUGCGCGCUCGAUUGCGUGCCUUCGUACUACUUGUAAGUGCGAGCGCCACAUACCUUCUUUUGGAAAUCGUUCAGUUCCUUCUCCUUCUUGGCCUUAAUCUCGGCGAUCUCCUUCUCCGCCUCCGACUGCGCCUCCUUCAGCUUCUGCGUGCGGUCUAG